GGAGUUUCCUGCUUAGGAUUAUGUUCUAACAAAAGGUCACUAGUAAAAAACAUAUUUCUUCUACCAAACCCCAUAAACAAAAGAUCUGAAAGUUCUUCAAAUCAAAAUGGCAAUCACUCGAAAUCAAAAAGCAUCUACAACACCCAGAAGAAAUCAGUUUAACUCUCAUGGAAACUUCGCCACUUCUGCCGCAAUUCUUCCAGAUGAUGAUGGAACUAAUGAGAUCGGUCGUAGACAUCCUCAAUUCUUCCAGAUAAUGCAUAAUGCCAUAAUUCAAGAUGGAUAUUUGAUUAUCCCGCCAAAGUUGGUUGCAAAACUUGGGGGUGAUUUAUCUCAUCAUGCAACCCUCAAAGUUCCAGAUGGUCUAACCUGGGAUGUUAAGUUGAAGAGAGACUCAAAUGGCUUUCAAAUUGGUCGGUUAGUCCCAUUUUUAGAGUACUACUCUACACGCGCUGGACAUCUUUUGCUGUUCAAAUACCAUGGAGAUUCGCGGUUCCAUGUUAUAAUAUUGGACAUAAGUGCUUGUGAAAUAGAGUAUCCUGUUGGGUGCAAUAAUUAAAAUAAAGAAAAAAUCAAAUAAGCAAAAGUUAUUGAUACUUAUCUCCUUUAUAAUGGAAUUGAUCGAUUGACGAAAUGAACGAGCUUCUCAUAUCUCCACAACAGCA